UGUAUGAGGUGUAAGAGUCCUCUGCGGUGUCAUGCCAGUUUGAAAAUGUCGACAGGUUCGUUACACGUGAUUUUGGAGUUUGGUGGAGGUGCUGAAUUGCUGUUUAAUAAAGUGAAGAAGCACGAUGUCACCCUUCCAGAUUCUAAGGAACCAUGGACAAUAAAGGCUUUACUUACAUGGAUUAAAGCUAAUUUACUGAAGGAACGACCAGAACUCUUCCUUCAGGAUGAUACAGUGAGGCCCGGCAUCCUGGUGUUAGUGAAUGAUGCAGAUUGGGAACUUCUUGGUCACUUGAAUUAUCAGCUGAAGGAAAAGGACAAUAUUCUGUUUAUCUCCACUCUGCAUGGGGGCUAGAUCCUGAUGUUUCUUAUGAAAUGUUCAUGUCAAAAGAAAAGUGUCAACUGACUGAUUACUUCAUUACACUGUGACUGCUGGAGCUUCCAUCCUGUUUGUGUGACUCCUGUUUGCUGGCUAUAUUUUUUCAGUCUCAGGAUUUUGGUUUUGCACAGUAGCACAGAAAUUGCCUGGGCCAUCAGAAUCAUAAUGGUUGGCAAACCAACACAAAUCAGCUAGCAUUCCUUCUGGACAUGGUGUAGAGGACAAGGCCCUGAAUUUGAUUUUUUUUUAAUACAGUGAUUUAUGACAACUUUAGGGAGCUUGGAUAACUCAGUAUAGUGACAGACUAUGGGCUGGACUUCCGGGUUUGGUUCCCAGCAGAGGUAAGAGAUUUUUCUCUACUCCACAAUGUCCAACCCAGCUCCAGGGUCUACCCAGCCUCCUGUACAAUGGGUACC